UCGGCGUGGGAGGUUUGCGCAUGCGUUGAACUUCUAUGCGUGCCCCUCUGGCUUAGUAAUGGCGGAAAGAGGGAGGAGUUUUUCUUUUCCUCUGCGAUCAACUGAGAACAUUUACAAUUGUAGGAAGGGCCUGGUCCCAUUUCUUUUGGAGGAGUGGCAGCAGUGUGGGUUCAGAGAUUGAAGGAUGGGGGUUCAUCCACACUGUAGAAUUAAUGCAGUUUGACACCACUUUAACUGCAAUGGCUCAAGUGGUUUCAACCUGUGGGUCCCCAGAUGUUUUGGCCUUCAACUCCCAGAAAUCCUAACACUAGUAAACUGGCUGGGAUUUCUGGGUAGUUGUCCAAAACACCCGGGGACCCACAGAUUGAGAACCACGGUGCUUAGGAAACCAUGGGAGUUGUAGUUUAACAAGGUCUUCAGCCUUCUUUGCUAAACAGUGCUAGUGCCGCAUCAAACUACAAUAAUUUAGGAUUCCCUAGCAUUGAGCCAUGGCAGUUAAAGUGGUAUUAAACUGCCUUAAUUCUACAUUGUAGAUCAGGCAUGGGCAAACUCGGGCCAUCCAGGUGUUUUGGACUCCCCAACUCCCACAAUUUGGGACUAAACUUGACUUUUGGGACUAAAAACCAUAAACAGUGGGUUCUGGAGGCCAUGAACUACACAAGAUUAAUUUUGUAAGAGCCAAACGUGAUUCCUGUGCACAACUACUUCGCAAAUACUAUUUGGAUGUUGUUUUUUGACAUCUGCCUUGAAGAUAUCUGGAUAGAACAGAAUUGCUGCUAUAACAGAUUUUUGUUUCUUGUCAAGUCAGUGACAGAAAAAAACAUGUUUCAUAUGGUUUGGAACCAUCAUUUGAAACUACUGACUGACACCAUGGUUUCUGAUGCGUAUUUCAAGUUGUUUUUUUCAAGGAGCUUUCCACUUUCAUGGAGGCCAAGGAUGUCAAUGCAUUUUCUUCUUAGAAACAAGAAUAUUGUCCUUAUGGGACCUCCUGGUGCUGGAAAAACGACAGUAGGAAAGAUAAUAGGGAAGAAACUGGAUGCUCGUUUCAUAGAUGUUGAUGAUGACAUUCUUGAAACCACCUGGAAUAUGAGUGUGGAAGAAAAAUUGAAGGAAGUUGGGAGUGAGCAAUUUUUAGAAGAGGAAGGAAAGGCUCUGUUAAAUCUCUCAGCAUCUGAAAGUGUAGUUUCCCUUUCUGGAUCUAACCCAAUGAAUGCUGUUGGUAUGGAGCAUGUGAAGAAAAGUGGGAUUAUAGUGUACUUGGAUGUGCCCUCAUCUCACAUAAAGGAUCGGCUGCAAUUAAUGAAAGUAGAUCGCAUUGUGGGGCAGGGUCCCGGAACUUCAAUGAAUGACAUUCUUGAGUUUAGGAAGCAAUUUUACAGGAAGUGGCAUGAUGUCCGUGUUCUUUGCGAAGAUGGAAUUACAGCAGAUGCUGUAGCUGACAAGGUACUCCAUGCAGUUAAGCGGUACCAAGAUUCAGAAUCAGAAGGCUUCAUUUCAACCAGGAGUUUACAAGGUAGUACAAAAUCUGAGCAAAAUAAUUCUACCAAAUAUUUUAGCGAUACUGUAAUUGAGGGCCUGGCACCUGAUGGUGGACUUUUUGUUCCUGAGAUGGGACUUCCAGUAUUCACCCCUGGAGAAUGGCAAAAUUUAUUAGGGGCAACCUAUGCUGAAAGAGCUCAGGUAAUACUGGAAAGAUGCAUACAUCCAGCUGAUGUUCCUGCUUCCCAGUUGUGGAAAAUGGUUGAGACUGCAUAUGGACAAAAUUUUACGUGUCCUAAAAUUGCGCCCGUUAGGCAUUUGACAGGCAACCAGUUUCUUCUGGAGCUGUUUCAUGGACCAACAGCUUCAUUUAAGGAUUUGGCAUUGCAGUUGAUGCCUCAUCUGUUUGCAUACUGCAUCCCUAAAAGCUGCAAUUAUUUGAUCCUGGUAGCUACUUCAGGUGACACAGGAAGUGCUGUCCUGGAUGGUUUUAAUCGACUUAAGGAUACCGAUAAGCAACGGAUUGCCGUGAUCACUUUCUUUCCUCAGGAUGGAGUUAGCCAGAUACAGAAAUUGCAAAUGAUUGGCUGCCAGGAAGCAAAUACAAAAGCCGUAGGUGUCAAAUCUGAUUUUGAUUUCUGCCAAUCUUCUAUCAAGAAAAUAUUCACCAAUUCACCUUACACUGGCUACCUCAUGAUGGAAUAUGGGACGACCCUAAGUGCAGCAAACUCUAUAAAUUGGGCGCGCUUGCUUCCUCAAGUGGUUUAUCAUGCCUCUGCCUACCUAAACCUUGUUGAGCAAGGUACCAUUUCUUUUGGGAGCCCAGUGGAUGUCUGUAUUCCCACAGGAAACUUUGGCAAUGUAUUAGCAGCUAUGUAUGCAAAAAUGAUGGGAAUUCCUAUACGAAAAUGUAUCUGUGCCUCUAAUCAAAACAAUGUCUUGACUGAAUUUAUACAGACAGGCUUGUACAACUUAAAGGGGAGGCGACUAAUGCAGAGUCUGUCACCAGCAGUAGACAUUUUGAAGUCUUCUAACCUUGAACGACAUUUGCACUGGAUUGCUAAUGGAGAUGGACAUCUGGUGACACAAUUGUUUAGCUGCUUGGAAAAUCAGCAGUACUUCCAAUUGCAGAGAAAUCUCCUUGAAAAGCUUCAGCAAGACUUGAUGGCUGACUGGUGCUCUGAAGAAGAUUGCCUGGCUGCCAUUCAUUCUGUGUUCAGUACUACAGGAUACAUUAUGGACACACAUACAGCCAUUGCAAAAGUAGUUGCAGAUCGUCUGCAAGAUAAAACAUGUCCAGUGAUCAUUAGUUCAACUGCUCAUUAUUCCAAAUUUGCACCUGCUAUCCUACAGGCAUUGAGAAUUGGUGAAAUAAAACAAACACCAUUAAACCAGCUUCACUUGUUAAACUCUUAUAACCCUUUGCCUCCAAUCCAUAAGGGCUUAUUAGAGGCACUGAAAAAGAAUGAGACACAGAACUAUGAGGUCUGUUCUGCAGACACGGAUGCUCUUACGAAACACAUUGAAGCCUUAAUACAAAAUCACUUCAUGAGAGUUUUCUAGCAGAAAACAUACUUGGCAUUUGUUCUAUUUUUAAUUUUAACCCCAACCAAAUGACUGUGGCAAUAAAUGUUAGCCAGUGGUGUUGGAUGUAAUGAAUUAUAUUGUACAGUGUUUAUAUGAACAUUGAGUAUGUGGUAGGAAACAAAAUGACUGUUAAUGAAUAGUAGUGUCAUAAAGGCAAGAUAGUUUAUGUUUGUACUAAAAUGAAACUAGGAUGAAAACAUCUGCUUUUAAUUCCCUUUGAAUAUUGGAUUAUGAGUCUGGGAGAUGAGAUCAAAUCUCCACUUGGGAACCAACUGGAUGAUCUUGAACAAGUCACAUACUUUCACUUCAAAGAAGGUGAAUUCAACUUCACUUUUGAACAAGUAAACACCAUGAUAGACUUAUCUUAGGGUCACUGUAAAUAAAAAAAAUUAAAGUACAUAACAAUAAGUAUGCUAUCUGUACAUUUUCCUUUGUGAGUCAAACACUUCAGGUUAUUGACAAAUAUGAGCUCCAAUUUAUGAAUUAUCAAUUUUCAUAUCUAGUUGAACCUUAAGUAUUUCAGAAGUCUUAGCAAAAUAUAAGAAAAUGUACUUGUGUAACAUACUUGCAAAAGAGUGAAUACAGUUUCACUUUGUCUAUUAAAAGGAGAGACAUCUGUGAAACAUCUAAAUGAGUAUCCAAAAACAUUGGCUUUCCUUUGGAUAUGCAGUAGAUUGGAAGCACAUGGAAGGCAUCUAAAAGGGAAUGAUUAUAUCAGGGGAGUGAUCAAGAAGUGUAAACAUUUCACAAAAUGGCCAGUGCCAAAAUUAACGAGAUGGAGCCAGAGUUGGUCACAACUAAUUUAAUUCUUAUUGCUUUCAGUGGAUGUACUCUUAAGGAUGGAUCCAGUUAUCUAUAGAAAUGCCAAUAGGAAAAAAAGAUGUUUCUUUUAGUAUACCCUAUUAGAAGUCCAAAAUUAUGGGGGGAAAAGUAGAACUAAGCCAGGUUGAAUUAUUUGUCAAGCUUUAUAUUAUCUGUUCUAACUGGCAGACACUUUGCAAAGUCUGAGUUACAGAUCAUCCCCAUUGCCAGGUAUUUCAUCUUUUUACUUGGAAAUGGUAGAAAUUGAAUCUGGAUGAAAUACCCCAUUGACGGCAAUAAAGUCAAUUCUAUGUGUAUAGUAUUAGCAAUUGAUAAGCUUGUAUGGCAUCCUCUUUUGAGUUCCCUCACCUUACUUCCCAACAUGAAUGUGAAUUUUAUGACAGUAGGUUUUUUCAAAAAGACCUGUUCUCUUAAAGCUACUAAAUGUAUUAUGGCAUGAGCUGUUUUAAGCAACAAUUUACUCCGUCGGAUGUGUCUGCCUUGUUAACAAAGGAAUAACACUGUUUUAGGAAAUAAUUUCUAACCCCCGAUUUGUAAAGCAAAACAGUUUUUUCCAGAUACCUGUUAUUUUCAGCUUUUAACCACAAGAUGGCAUUCCUAACAGUAUGCUAAUGAUAGUUGACUAAUAAAAUUUCCAAGUUUGAACUUGCA